AACCAAACUUCGAAAAGUUUGUCUUGAAUGGCUUCAGCGAGGAAGAGGAGGCUUCCCGCCGCCGCGGUGCGGCCCGCGUCUCUCAGGUGUACCGUACACCUGCACAUCCGGGCAGUCACAUGUCCAGGAGUGCUGCUGACUAACAACAGCGAUGUGUACCUCAGUGUGUGUGUGAUGGGCCAGUACAGGAAGACCCCCCGUCUGCCCCCUGUGUUCCCUUUACUCUUCAACCAUAACAUGUGUUUCGUCAAGACUUUCCCUGGCGUUGUUGACCCUGCUGACGUAGCCGACCUCCUGGAAGCUGACACAACAUCUUUUGAGCUGAUUCAGUUGGUGCCUCCAGAGGGUGACGUCCUAGCCACGAUGAAGGACAGCAGCAGAGAUUUCCUGUACCCUGGUCCCAGAACGAGUCCUGGAGAAGGAGCCGAAGAGCGAGAGAUACUGAUGAGGAGAUCAUCCUCCUUCCCUGGAAUCUCCCCCAAAGUGGAGUUUGCCACGACAUCAGACAUAGAAGAGAUUGAGAGGAGAGACGGCUUGCCUGCCUCACCUACCUGCCGCCUCUCUCCAGUGAGACCGUCUUCGGCCCGGGACAGACGGGCUCCAGCGGAAAAUUCUUCGCCGUCCCACGUGAAUUUUCCCAAAACCGACGACGCAAACCGUGUUUCCCGAAGGGGCGGGAAGAAAAAGCCAAAAGCUGCGGCUGGACUUACAAACUCUGCACCUUCCUCGUCGUCCAGACGCCCCCCCUCUUCAUCCACGCCUGGCCGAAGUCCCCCGAAGGACGAGGAGGGAAGACGACGACACGCGUCUCCUCGAGCUUUUGCGAACCCCGGCUACCACCAGCACACGGUGUCCUCCAGAGCGCGCGCCUUGUCCCCUUACACCCACCGCAAGAUGUGCCAGCUCUCAGAGGACGCCAGGCAGCGGCUCGGCCAUCUGCGGCUGGGGCCGCACCGCUUCAGGGGGGAGACCGAGAGCCAGCCGCCCUUCUCGGUCCCUCGCUGCACUGGUGCGUCUGUGGAUGAACCGCCUUUCUCUGCUCCACACAAUCUCAGCAUCCAUCAUCACUCCUUCAACCUGGCAGCCGACCACACAGAUUCUUCUCUACAAGGCAGUUACAGACCAAGAGCAGCCACACAACGAGACGUCUCGCGGGACACGUCGGGUUCUGUGGCGGCCCGGUGGUCUCCAGAGACACAGUCCAGAAGCUUUGUGAGAGCUGCUGCCGCAGCGCAGUCCACACUGACCCCGGCCGACUCCAGGAGGACUCUGAAGCUCGGAUAUUCCCUCAGAGAAAGGCUCCAGAACAGUCGGCCAGGUCCAUCCUACUGCGAGGAGAUCCACAGCAGAGUUCAGAGGAUCCUGCACACACACAAAAUCUCCUGGGACGCCAAAGUCACCCUGGACCUUUAACUUCCAGAUGUGCUGGUUAACGGAAUAGUGGAAUCAGUCGGAGUAACAACCUCCCUCUUAAACACGUCGAUUCCCUUUGAUGUUCAUACAAAAUGUAGAUCUUCCCGAGGAAUCGCUGCGCUGUUUUCUUUGUUUCUCUAAAAAGGGAAGUCAAUUUGCCCUCCCACCAGCUGUUUUUUAAAAAUUCCAACAGAGGCAUCUUAUCUCUAAAGGCGUGAAUGGAAAUGGCUCGAGUACAAGUUUGUGUGUAAGCUGCAGCUGUUAAGGACUCAU